AUGGGGCGCGGGGCCCGGCGCGGGCGGCAGCAGCCCCGGCAUGUGCGCGGGCAGGCGGCCAAGGCGGAGCGCCGGGAGAACAAAACUCCCUUUCCAUCUGCGAGGAGCCAUCAGAGCGCUGUCCCUGAGCUCCCAGGUGUAAAACCACAGGAUUCCCACCCAAACCACCACCUCGAGCCCUUUCAAACCCCUCCAGGAGCUCUCCCGGCUGCGUUGCCUCGCUCCUUCUCCUCAUUAUUACCGUCGCCACGGGGUUUUUCCACCUCUGGGAAGAGAGCAGAGGGUUCCCCCGGUUAUCCAGGUGUCACCCCCGCCGUGUUUGUCCCCACGCAGCUCUUCACUGACGGCAUCACCAACAAGCUGGUGGCCUGCUACACGGACGAGGGCAUGGCGGACGCGCUGCUGGUGCGCGUGUACGGCAGGAAAACGGAGCUGCUGGUGGACAGGGAGACGGAGCUGAGGAAUUUCCAGGUGCUGCGCGCCCACGGCUGCGCCCCCGACCUCUACUGCGCCUUCCAGAACGGGCUCUGCUACCAAUUCCUGCCGGGAAUCGCGCUGGGGCCCGACCACGUGCGGGAUCCUCGCAUCUUCAGGCUGGUGGCCCGGGAGAUGGCCCGAGUCCACGCCAUCCACGCCAACGGGAGCCUCCCCAGGCCCAUCCUGUGGCAGAAGCUGCACAAAUACCUCAGCCUGGUGAAGACGGAGCUCAGCCCAAAGGUAUCCAACGCCAGCCUCCCGCAGGACGUGCCCAGCCCGGAGGCGCUGGAGCAGGAGCUGGCCUGGAUGGAGGAGACGCUGCCGCAGCUGGGCUCGCCCGUGGUGCUGUGCCACAACGACCUCCUGUGCAAGAACAUCAUCUACGACCGGACACGAGAGCACGUUCGCUUCAUCGACUACGAGUACACGGGCUACAACUACCAGGCCUUCGACAUCGGGAACCACUUCAAUGAGUUUGCAGGUGUGAAGGAGGUGGAUUAUGGCCUCUACCCCAGCAAGGAGACACAGCUGCAGUGGCUGCGCUCCUACCUGCAGGCCUACAAGGAGCUCACCCAGGGGCACCCAGGUGACACCCAGGGGCACCCAGGUGACACCCAGGGACACCCAGGUGACACCCAGGUGUCUGAGGAGGAGCUGGAAACUCUCUAUGUGCAAGUGAACAAGUUCUCCUUGGCGUCCCAUUUCCUCUGGGCCUGCUGGGGCCUGAUCCAGGAUAAAUACUCGACCAUAGACUUUAAUUUCUUAAGAUAUGCAAAGCUAAGGUUUAAACAGUACUUCAAGAUGAAGCCGGUGGUCACAGCCCUGCAGGUCCCCAAAUAGGUGCCACCACCCCGAGCUCUGUCCUGGCCGUGUCCUCGCACCCCCCUCGCCCCUUGCCCAGCACAGCCGGGGUCCAGGGCCAGUCCUGCCGGUGGCACAGGGGACAAGAGGAGCUCUGCCUCGGCCACCACUGCUUCCAGGAGAGCCUGGACACCCCUGAGACUGGACCAUGAGAUGCUGGAGAGGACCACGGCCCCGGCGAGGCCCCAGCCCACAUGAGGAAGCUUCACCAUCGCCUUAAGGCUGAGCCUGGCUCAGCCCCGGUGCCCGGCAGGUCGGUGCCCUGCUGGCGCUGCUGGGCCUGGCACUGCCCGCUGUCCCCAAGGAGGGACACGGGGUCACCCCAUCAGCUCGGGAGCCCCCAGAGCCGCCCGCUCACCUUGGCCACCCCUUGCUGCACCCUCUGUGCCCUCCUGCCCUGCCGGGUGCCACCAGGGUGCCACCCCUAAACCAGCCCUGUCCUGGCUCCCUGCUGGCCCCAGCCACGGGAGCGUUUGCCACGAGGGGUGGGAGAUGCCACGAGGGU